UGUUUUUUUCUUUGUAGCUUAUUGCCCAUCGGAAUGUUCUUCUGGAUGUUUCGUGAAGGUUUAGAGUCUUCGGCGCCGGUAGAGCUACUAGGAUACUUGGGGGCAUACCUGGCUACGGGUCUCGGAUGCAUAGCCUUUCAUCAGUUUGUUCUCCUGCCGCUGUUAUACGUCAUCAUCGUGAGGAAAAACCCGAUACCUUAUCACAUCAACCUCUUGCCCGCUAUUCUCACGGCCUUCGGAACAUCCUCCAGCGCCGCUACACUACCUGCUACUGUGCGGUGUGCAGAAGAAUCUAACCACGUGAACCGGUGCGUCACAAGAUUCGUCUUGCCUCUCGGAAUGGUGGUUCACAUGAACGGAGGUACCUUCUAUCUGCCCUUGUCGGCCAUUUUCCUGGCACAGCUGGAAGGUAUCGACCUCGGUUUGGCGGAAACAGUCGUCAUAUGCGUCACUGCCAUCUUGCUGCUGAUUUCGGCACCAGCAACUGCGGGAUCUGGUAAUCCAGUCUAUUUGCUGACGAUAAUGGCGGCAGCUGGAAUCAACAGGCCACAAUUCAUCUCCCUUUUCCUAUCCACAGAGUGGCUCAU